CCGAAUCACAUCGUUGUUUGUGUCAUUUGGCUUUUGAAUUUUCAAUCGUUGUGCACGAGAGAGUCCUCGAGUCGAGAACAGAAAUAUAUACAGACGACAAAAAACCUUCAAAACUUUGAAUAGCAUCGUGCCAAAUAAAAAUUAUUGUCAUCGAAAGUGUGUGCCUCUGUGUGUGAACAGGAAUUCGGAAAACUCUAUUAAAUAUUGAGCAUUUCAGCAUAGAACAAAUUAGUGCGAAUAUUUGGCCAACUUCAUUUAAAUUGUAUGUCUAUUUUAAUUUCAGCGGUGGACACCGUUUAAAUGAGCAUUUCGAGUGUGUCUGAGUGGAUAAACAUAAACAGUGUUUAACAGAAGGACAGUGUUUUUACGUGAUACGAAUUGUUAAGUGACCGAUCUCGCCGUGAAACUGUUAAAAUUAUGAUUCCGUUUCGGAGCACAACGGAAUAUAGAGAAGGUUUUUAUUGACAUGAUUAUCGAGAUAGAGGUUUCGUUUCAAUUCGGUGUUUUUUGGCAGCACGCAUUUGGAAAUUAUAAUGGAUUUUUCAUACGGUGAUUCAAGAGCGCACAUGGCCAAUAAUCAAAGUGAAACCGUGAUCAAAUCACCCUUGGCGAUUAUGUCGAACAAAACGAAUGCGGCAAAUGAACGUGGCAACGUUCAUUCGAAUGGAAAAGAAUGGAAAAGAGCAAUACCAGAGGCUGGCUAUAUCACACUGGGCACCAUUCGAUAUGGUGUGAAAUUGAGUCAGGGUUGUCUUUCGUCGAACUGUACACAUUUCCGGUCAUCGUCACUUAGCAUGGCCGAACAUAUUUCGAAGGCGUAUUCAUCAAGGAAUUCCACAUCAGAUAUUCAUUCGUUGAGCAGCGAACAUGACACAGAACCACAAAGCAUAAAUGGUUUUCGGAGUAUUGUUGAAAAUACAAAUUCGUCCGUUCAUUCUUCGUCAAUGCCAAAUGUGUGCGAUAGCGACAAUAGUGAUGUCACUUCGGUGAGUGGAUCAUGCUGUUUGAAUACGAAAAAAUGCUCCCUUCCUUGGAUCAACAAAAUGGACAAUCCAAGAUCAAGCGAUUUAUCCAAGAAUAGAAUGGUCGGUUCGGGCCGAAGCCAGCCGAAUGAAUCGGUCACUUGUGCAAGUGAUCAACAACAGCAGCCAUUUUCCAACUACGAAGCGAAUAAAGUCAGUAACAAAUCAACGAACGUUAAUCCAACAUCGGCUAAUUUGACACUGUGCGGCGAUUAUUCUACGGUGGAAAAUAAAAAUCGUCAACAAUUUUCAACGCCAAUUUGUUGCCACAUUUCAGCAAAUCAAAUCGAUAAUAGUCAUAAAUCAAUCACAUCGAGCGAACACAAACACCCCGUACAUUAUCUGGAUGUCGUUGGGAAAAAUCAGAAUAAACGUAAAAAUCGCCGUCUAUCGCCUACACAUCACCAACACCAUCAUCAUCAUCAUCAUCAUCACCAUCAUCAGCAGCAGCAACAGCAGCAUCACCAAAUCGAGUGCGAGUGUUCGCCGUUGCAUGCGAGAAAAUUAAGCGAAUAUCCCACAGCCAAACCAUGUCACAGUGAAAAUCGAAAAAUAAUCAAAGUUGCCCAUAAAUUCAAUAGCAAUGUUGUUCAUUCAAUCGGCGAUCAGUCAUGGGUUGACGCAAAUAAAGUGAAUGGCUUCAGCAGCAACAGCACCACCACCACCAGUGAUUUCCACGUAAAUAAAGCAAAAUUCCAUUGUUUAGACUACGAUCAGUGUUGUUUUUGUUGUUACAGUGAAUGCAAAAAAGGCUCACGAUUUAAAGCCACCAAUUAUAAAUGUUAUGAUCAAUCAGUGGAAUGUUCGCAACCGCAUAAGAACCCAUCGAAUCUGUGUUGUAUUGGCAGUGAGGCAAUCGUUCCAACGCAUUUAAAUAAUAAUUGUAAAUCGUAUAAAAAUCAAAAUAAUGAUCAAAAUUCGUUUUGUAAAUCAGACACAACCACUGAAACGGAUAUUUUGGAAGCGAACAAGUGUUUAGAGCAUGACAAUUUGUAUCAUCAUUCAGCGCAGUUCUAUGUUGAUUACGCGAUCCAGCCAUCAACACAACGCAAUCAAAGUGAUAAAUGUGCAAAAUCUCAAAAGAGAAAAACUGACCCAAUAACAAUUUCAAAUGAAACGCCAUUGAAUUAUUUGCGACGGGUUCAAACGACCAAUGAAAAUUGUAGUGAUUGCAUUGGACAAUUGGAUAAAACGUUCAUCAAACAAUUGAAACGUCUUCAAUCGAUCGAUUAUUCCUCGAAACCUCCGCCAAUUCUCGCGGAAGUAUUAGUUCCAAUAGUUCAAGAAGAUCAACAGAAAUUGGUGUGUUGCUCGAAGAAUGUGACAGCUGUACGAAAAACGGCCACUCUGUUUAUGAUCGGUAGUGAUAGCUCCACUUUAGUUGGAAGCCAACCAAAACUUAAAGAUAAAUCGGAACUUGUGCGCGACGAUGACUUUGUCGACACGUGCCAACAAAAUUCAGCGAAUAACAACGAUUUGAAAACGCAAUACAAUAGGAAUAUCGAUAGAUGUUGUGAACCAUAUAAAUCCAUUGACAGUAAAAUUCAUCGAUUGACGUCAAUUUCAGCAGCCAAAGAAUCUCAUUCAAAAACGGCCAACGAACGUAAUCAAAUCAUAAAUUAUAAAAUACGCGCUGAUCGUACGCAUAAACAUUUGAAAAGUGAUUGUGAUGAGAAUCGGGCAGAGGAUUGGGAGAAAAGUCAACGCAACGACAACGACGACGACGACGAACAACAACACUGCCACAACGGCAGAGGCAAUGAUACAUUCGACAACGAAGGCGUUAACGGUGACAACGACGAGUAUUUGUGUCAUUUGGAAAAAUUAAAUUUAGCUGAUACAACAACUGCUGGUUCAGUCGCCGUCACCACUGCCGAACACACAGAACAAAAAUUUAAACAAAAAGUCGCACACAUUUCAUCGACGUAUCGAGACUACGACGACGACGACGAAAACGGCGCCACAACAACACACACCACACCAGCUGCUCCAUCAUUAACGGUGGAAAAUGAACUUUUUGCCGUUGACAAAUCAAAACAAAGUGAAUACCAAGUGAAUUGUAUUGAAUGCACGGAUCAAAGUGCAAUCACAUCGAAUGAUCAGUGCAAAAUUAUCGAAACGAUCGACCAUAGUGUGGAAGCAAGUGUGAAAGCGAGUGAAAAUAACCGUGAAUUGUGCAUAAAUGAUGAUGAAAACACGGAUUCUGAACCAAGUGUAAAUUUAUUGUCUCAUGAAAAUUUAGUCUUAAGUGCAAAUACUGAGAAUAUUUCAAACGAAGAGUGUACACUUUUUGAACAUAAACCCAUUCAAGCUUCAUCGUCUGAAUAUCAAAAUCAUCGUCUUUUCAAUCGACGAGCUUCAUUUGAUAACAACUGUGUCGAAAAGGAUUUGGCUAUUUUUGUGAACCAUCGCCGAACGAAUAGUAGCGGCGGCGAAGGAUACUCAUUCGACCGACAAUCGAAUUUAAAUCGCAGUUACAUUGACUCAAUUUCGGACAGAUAUCGUAACAUUCAAAACACGAUUGAUCAUCGAUAUGCCCAUCAUUUAAGCCCAAAUACCCAACUAAAUAUGGAAAAACGUCACAAUACGUUGGAUCGUUGGCAGCGUUUACGUUUUGGUCGAAGAGCAGCAUCGAAUCCACCGGAAGACAAAAAAGUGACGAAUCUUGACAUUGAAUUGGCUAGUAAGCGAUCAAGUGAUAAAUUGGAGCGUCUGCGUGAAAUAACCGAAUUGUUGAAAGGUCCACGAAAUAAUAGCAAUACGCAGUCAUCGACACCGACGAAUGAAACCACAAGCAAAAAUGAAAUUCCACCGAUACCACCGCCACGCAAACCGCGAACAUCACUACACCGCAACAGUGGUAGCAUUGAAAAAUUCAUUGACACAUCGGCUUCGGAGUCGGGGAGUCCCAUAUUGGGCACCAAAUUUGAUCAUUCCACCAGUGAAAAAAAAGAAAGCGACUCAACGUCAAUCGGCCAGAGUUUGUUUCAUGUUCCAACGCCUAAGCAUUCGUUAAUCGAUACGCUUCGCCCGAAUACCAGUGUAUCGAAUUUAGAAAGUAUUCUAAAGACACGUGAUAAAGAAAAGCCAAUGUUAUCGCUCCCAGAAGAAGGUAGUCCACACAGAGAAGUAGAAAAAGAGAAAGAAACGAUCGUUCCAAAUCGAACUGCAUCGGAAACAUUGCGCCCGACUGUGAAUGCAAACGCACAAAAAGGGAUUCCAUUUCGGAGUGCGUCAUUUUCACAAGUUGAUUACUCAUCGGGGAAAUACAUUCGAUCAGCAUUGGGCGCCCUUAAAGCAUCGUUGAGUAAAGCGAAAUCGCCGCCAUUGAGUUUCUCAUGUAAAAAGGAACGGAGUGGAAGCUCCAGCCCGGAAGAUUCAAAACUGAAUGAAUGCACCGACAUUUGGAUACCAUUGAAAGGGCCUUGUGAUAAACGAAAUGAUCUGAAUUUAGACUUAAUAGACGCAUCAGCCACAGCCAAUAUGAUAUUAGAAGAAGAGUGUGAACAUUCACCAACUUCCAACAAAAGUGACACAUGUAUUUCGGAAAAGGUUCAUUCAUGGCCGAUGAGGACAAUCAACGCCGCACAACUGACCGUUGAUUCACCGCGUGAUGAAACGGCUAUACAAGGCGUUGAUAAUUACUUUGAAACGGCCAAUCCAUGCUUGAUUCCAAUCCCAGUGUAUGAAUGUUCUCACACCGAAUCGGCUGACCUACAACUCGGUGGCGGUGAAGUGGAUAACGAAAAUGUUCUGAGUGAUGUUCCGAAUAAGACUUUAAUUGUUGAACCAAACGAAGGUGAUAUGCCAGCUUUUUCGGAAAUUCAAUCCAGACAAAUGAAAUUAAAUGGAAGUGUUAAUAAUUUGAAUGCCACGCACAAUGACGAAAAAGAAGGUGAACGGAGUACGCGAAGCUCCAAAGCAGACGACUUAGCAGAUAAAUUAAGACAAAAGGCACAAAGUCCAACAUUGGAUAUAGACGCAUUGCCAGCAAUUGCUGUUACACCUGGCUCAAGCGUCAGUGGAUCGUCAUUUGAAGAAAUGGAAAAUACUUCGUCACAGCAGCCAAAUCGAUCUGAUUAUAGCUCUGAUUAUGGGGUCGAAGUUCGCAAGCGUUACAGUAACGAAGAUAAAAGCAGCAAUGAAAAUCGUAGCGAUGACAGCAAUCAAUCAACAUCGACAUCUGGCACAAAUUCGCCGAAAGGCCAUCACAAUGAAAAGCGGCGAAUCGAUAAAUCGAAACGUCGGAAAGGAAUGUACAUUCAAUGGGCAACAUUGGACAAACAUAAUAAAGAAUUGAAUGCAGUUUCAUGGACGGUUGGCGAUGAUAGUUCGAAUGAUUUGAGUAACGUACCUGAAAUGGACAGCAACGGUCAACCAAUUUGGCCAAUCGGCGCAUAUCGAAAUGAAACUCUGCAAAUUGAUGGCCAUGAAAAAACACGCAAAAAUAAUUUGAACAGUUUGUCGUCAUUGGAAGCCACUUCACCGGAUUCAGUCUUUACAAGGGUAAAUUUGGAUAGUGCCGGUGUCAGUUGCGAUGAAGCCACCCAACCAACAUCAGCAUCGUGUGAUGUUUUCACACCCGACUCUGAUUGCGGCCGACAACCGGUUUGGCCGCAAAGAGGUACAACUCAAACACGUCGACAAAGCCUCUCUCUGCAAAGCUCUGAGGAAAAGGAUGAAUCACAGGCACCAUCACCGCCACCAUCAAAACCACGUAGCAAAAUAUUCGUACUGCGUUCCGAUUCCAUAUCAGACAAUGAAAUGAGUGAUAGAACGCCACCACCUCGGGAUCGAACAAGUCAAAGUCCGGCACCCGAUCAUGAUUUAAAACGAUACUCAAAACGACCACUGCGAGGGCCAUACGGUCAAAUGCUUGAGGCUGAAAUGAAAAAACCGGCCAAACAAAACUACGAUGGUUUAUUAGAAGAGCUUAAUCGUUCGGAAAGCCCAUACAGGUUGUCGGCAAAGCAACGUGAUUCACAUCUAUUGGCCUAUGAUGAUAUAGUGCCACCAUUCACGCAACGCAGCAUUUCAAUGGGUAAAUCAUCAUCGUCACGAAAAUCCAGCGAAACGGAAAAUUCACUACCGAUUCCCAUGCACACCCGGGCUGCGUCAACGCCAGCCCAUAUGGAAGCACCACGAGACGAAGCCGUACAUGCAUAUCAUAAACGUUUCCCGAGCUGCGUUGAAACAUCACCGCGAAAAGAAACGAAAAAAUUCUCCGCCGACCAUUAUAUCGUACGAAAUGCAGACGAUCGCCAUAGUAAACGUGCAAUGUCCGAAACAAAAGAGAAACUCACCAAACGGAAUGCAUCAUCGCCGGGCGCAAUAUCGCUGUUGAGCAACGCCGAAAAAAUGAAUCGUUUUGAUGAGCGUGGUGGCAAAGCGCCAAUGAAACACAAUCAAUCAUUGCCGCUCAAAGCGACCCCGGAACUAUUGGCCGAACUAUUGAGAGGCUCCAGCGAAAAAAUGACUACGGCCGAACAACAUGAACGAAAUGAAAAAGUGAUAAAUAUGGAUGCGUAUGCACUUCCUAUGGCUGUUCAACAGUUUUUGGAUACGCGAACACACGUUGUCGUCGAGCUAUUCAACACAGAGAAAUCGUACGUCGAGUCACUGGAAACGGUAGUCAAGAAAUACUUAAAUCCAUUGAAGUCACAGGAGAAUGCAUCACUUAUUGAAGCACAAACAGUCGAUGAGAUUUUCCUCAUGGUCCCUGCCAUUCUUAAUAUUCAUCAACAAUUCCUUGAUGAGCUUCGUUCACGUUUGGAGAUCUGGGAACCGUUGCAACGCGUUGGAGACGCUUUCGUUCAAGUGUUUUCAACAUCGAUCGUUCUGGAGACAUAUACAUUGUUCGUAAAUAAUGUGAAUCGUGCAAAAUCGGCCAUUCGAAGUGCAUCCAAUCAUAGGCCAGCAUUCGCUCGUUUUCUCGAAAAUAUGGCACGCGAACACAAAGGCAAACUAACAUUGGACAAUUUACUGAUCAAACCAGUACAAAAGUUUCCCAACUAUGAAUUGAUGUUCCAAAGACUGAUUAAGCACACAGACGAAGAACAUCCGGAUCAGAAACCGCUGCAAGAAGCUUUGAAAUUGGUACAUGACAUUCUAUUGCAUUUAAACUGCAAAGAACGUGAAGCACUAGAAAACGACCAACGCGAGGCCACUCUACGUGAACUUGAAGGCGUCAUCGAAGGCAUUUCUGAUUUGGUGUCAGGCGAUCGACAAUUUUUAUCAUUCGAUUUAGUUUCAAUGCCACACGGUCAAGGUGGGCGCAAAGAACGUGGAUUUUUCUUGUUCAAUGAUUUGCUCAUUAUAACUAGCAUCAAACGACGCAGCGGAACUAUAAAAAAACCAAGCAUAACCUGCCCGAUGAGUGUUGCAUCCACUCUUGAUACAAAUAAAUACAAACUGCUUAUGAAAAUUGCGAUUGAAGAUCUAGACAUUAUCAAAGCUAAAGAUGAAAAUGUGCGAAAAAUCAUGAGAGAAAUCGAGUAUUUGACGGAAGAUUGCACCAAACUGCAACAAAUCCUUGAUAUCACCAUGAGCCUUCGAUGUCCGCAUCAAAGCAUCGAGGAAAAUGUACGGGAGUUACAGAAAGACUUGCAACGACAAUUAACCGAUCGACAAUCAAACGAUUCACAGCUGUGUAUAUUGGAGUUAGCCGUGAGCCAAUCUGGAAGUCAAUUGCAGCACAUGACUGUUGUCUUUCCGAAGUCGGAAAAACGUACGCAGUGGGAAAAAACAUUUAACGAAGUUAAAUUGAAAAUCACAGCCGCACUUGAUCAUCAUCCAAUACCCGAAUUCAUCGACAAAGUGUCGAUUCGGAAAACCCGCGCUGGACUUCAGUUCACGUGUGCGGCCGCAACGCUUGGCGCACAGAAGGAUGUGUGGGUUUGCAAUAGUGACGGAUACGUGGGCCAAGUGUGUGUGCUGAGUUUGUCACCGGAACCGACCGUAACAUCGUGUAAUGGUGUCUGCAAUGCGCGCAUAUUGUGUUUGGCUUCAGUGCCCGCAUUUAAUCGAACGAAACUAAACGAUAGCAUUGCUUCGUUGAGCAGCAAUGCGUCAUCAUCGUCACCGAGUCGAAAAUCACAUGGAAGUUCAAAUUUGGAAAAGAAAACUAGCAAUGUAAGCACAAAAUCGAUAGCGUCGAAUGAUUCGAGCGGAGGUGGUACUAACAGUAGCAGUGGAAACGAAAGGGAUAUACAACUUGAUUCGAGUAGUUCCAGUGAUGAUUCAGAUGAGCCCGAACAAAAUCAACCGUUGCGUCGUUUGAACUCGGCCAAAGCCAAUUCAACGCCACAACUGUCGACAUCGGCACCGAAUUCGAGCACUGAACACAGUCAUACGACCGAAGAUAGUUCGUCAAUCGAUAAUCAACAGCAUCAACCAACGAUGUGGCUGGGUACUGAAGAUGGUUGCAUUCAUGUAUACAAUUGCACCGAUAAUAUUCGUACCAAAAAGAAUAAGAUUAAAAUCCAACUCGUUAGCGCCAUUUAUUCAAUAUUAUAUCUCGACAAUAGAGUUUUCGUGUCGUUGGCCAAUGGCGAACUAAUCAUAUAUUCAAGAGAUCAAACUGGUACAUGGAACACUACAACACCACAAACAAUUCUGUUGGGUUCGGCCACAAAUCCAAUUUCGAAAUUAUUGAAUGUCAACGACAAAUUAUGGUGCUCCGUACAAGGCACCAUUAAAGUGAUGAACAGCUCAACACUGCAAAUGGAAAAUCAACUGCAAAUCUCAUCCGACAUAAAACCAAUAACAAAUAUGGCUGUGUACAAUAAUCAAGUGUGGAUAUCGGUACAAAACUCCGCUCAAAUCAAAUGUUUUCAUUCCAAAAGCCUUGCACUUUUAUUCGAAGUGAAUUUGGCGCCUUCAGUUAACAAAAUGCUUUCGAAUUGUGAUGAUAUCAUUCGGCAGCAUAAAGCAGCCUGUCUGCGCGUUACAUCGCUACUUGCAUGCAAAGACUUGAUUUGGAUUGGUACGAGUGCUGGCGUUAUUCUAACCAUUGCAGCUGCAACGUGCAAAUCUAGUGGCAGUGUCAGCACCUACAAUAGCGUACUCGAUCAACCGAUUGUCACUGGCAUUCCUUACGGUCACACAGGACAUGUACGAUUCAUAACGUGCGUCGAUUACGCCGGAAAGCUUCCGAAUAAUAAUAAUUCUAGCGAUUCCGUUGAUAGUACAUCACAUAGCAACAAAAAGAAAAACCCAUCAAAUAAAUCACAAGCAUCGAGAUCCAAAUCAUCCGAACACAGCGGUUUACUAAUCAUCUCCGGUGGCGAUGGCUUCGAAGAUUUCCGAAGCUCGGGAAUAAAUCCAUUAAGCGAUAUUGCUGGUCGUGAAGACAGUACAAAUCAUUUACUUUUGUGGCAGGUCUGAAGAAGAUAGAAAGUUUCAUAAGCGGGCGAGAAAUGACUAGGUUCCAUAACACUAGAAAUAAAAAUAAAUAAACCCACACAUGCAACUUA